GCUGGGUGUCUGAGGCCCUCCCCGCCCUUCGGGGAGCGCGUCUUCACCUAACAGGGAAGUGGGAGGAGGACAGCGCCGGGCGAGGCCUUCGGAGGGCUGGGCGCCAGGGCGGUUGCUGAGGGUUGUGGAAGCGGGACGGAGCCCUGUGGCGUCCUUGGAUCUGAAGGACGCGAGCCAAACUGUUUGAGACGCAGCUCUUCCCUGGAUCACUGUCAGGGCCGUGGAAAACGGCCUGCCCAACUCGUCUGCGUUGCUGAACUGUGGUUAGUCAUUAUUAACUGUUUCUGUUGAGUAUCUGCAGCGUGUAAGAUACUUGGCUAAGUCCUGAGGAGAACAGGGAUGGAGGAAAUAUCCGCCCAGGAAGCAGUUGGAUCACCUGUUGUCCAGUUUCAGUCUUUGGAGAGCCUGUCUGAGGGUCUGUCCCCAGAGCCUCCGUUCGCACAGGACACCGACAUGGAACAGGAGCUCAACGGGGCUCCACCUGUUCCCCAGGUGCCUGCUCUUCCCCAUGAGGGAAGCCCAGGAGACCAGGCAGCUACGCUCCUGACAGCCAGGUACCAGGAGUUUGUGACAUUCGAGGAUGUGGCUGUGCACCUUACUCGAGAGGAAUGGGGAUGCCUGGACCCUGUUCAGAGGGAUCUCUACAGAGAAGUGAUGUUAGAGAAUUAUGGGAACGUGGUUUCACUGGGAUUUCCAAUUUCCAAGCCUGAUGGGAUCUCCCUGCGGGAACAAGAUCUACAGGUCUUUGAUCUGGAAACUAAGAAUAGAGAAGUCUUAAGAGAUGACUGCUCAGAUGGAGAGACCAGAGAAGAGAACAAGCUGUUGAUUCCUAAGCAGGAAAUUUUGGAAGAAGUACAUUCGUACAAGGUGAGAGUAGGAAGACUCAAAAAGGAUAUUGCCCAAGUUCCUGGGACUAGAGAAGUGUCUAAACCUGAGGACAGAUUAGAAAGGCUUCAGGAAAUCCUAAGGAAAUUUCUGUUUCUGGAGAGAGAGUUUAGGCAAAUAACAAUCAGCAAGAAAGCCUUCACCAGUGACAACAAUGAAUGUCAUGAACCUGAAAAAAGCUUCAGUCUGGACUCUACCCUGGAUACGGAUCAGAGAGUUCUUAGAAUUCAGAAUAUUGAUGACACUGAUAAGUAUGACAUGGGGGUGAACCAGAAUUCAGCUGCUGGGAAACAAGAACAAAUAAAUCUCAUACAGGAUGUUCAGAGUAGUGAAUAUAAGGAAAGCUUAAUGGAUGUCUCCCACCUUAGUAAAUGUGACAGCAUUCCUGCCACUGAGAAAUCCUACAAAUGUGAUGCAUGUGAGAAGGUCUUCCAUCAGAGCUCUGCCCUUUCUAGACAUCAGAGAAUUCAUACUAGAGAGAAACCCUACAAGUGUAAAGAAUGUGAAAAAUCUUUCAGUCAGAGUUCAAGUCUUAGUCGACAUAAAAGAAUACACACUAGAGAAAAACCCUAUAAAUGUGAAGCAUCUGAUAAAUCCUGUGACGCAUCUGAAAAGUCCUGUAGUCAGAGCUCUGACAUAACUCCGCAUAAGAGGAUUCACACUAGAGCAAAGUCUUAUAAAUGUAGUAAUUGUGAAAGAGUUUUCAGUCGUAGUGUACAUCUUACUCAGCAUCAGAAGGUUCACAGAGAGAUGCCCUGUAAGUGUACUAUAUGUGGCAGUGACUUCCACCAUACCUCCUACCUUGCCGAACAUCAGAAAGUCCACUGUGAAGAGAAAGCCUAUGAAUACAGUGAUUGUGGGUUGACCUUUGUUAAACAUCAAGGAAUUCAUCUCAGAGAAAAGCCCUAUACGUGUAAUGAAUGUGGCAAAGACUUCAGGCUGAAUUCCCAUCUUAUUCAGCAUCAAAGAAUUCACACAGGAGAGAAACCACAUGAAUGUAACGAAUGUGGAAAAGCUUUUGGUCAAACUUCAUGCCUUAUUCAGCAUCACAAAAUCCACGGGCGAGAGAAAUCCUAUGAGUGUAGCGAAUAUGAGGAAAGUUUCAGUCACGGCUCAGACCUUGUUCUUCAGCAGGAAGUCCUCACCAGAGAAAAAGCCUUUGAUUGUGACGUAUGGGAAAAGAACCUCGGUCAGAGAGCACACCUCGUUCAACAUCAAAGAAUUCAUACCAAAGAGAAACCUUAUGAAUGUGAUGAACGCGGAGAGACCUUUAGUCAGAUUCAGGCCUCCUUCAACAUCUGAGAGGUUAUACCAGGGAGAAAGCAUACACGCACUGAAGGUGGUGAAGCCUUCAGUCACAGCUCAACCUUCAUUCAGCAUCAGAGAAUCGACACCAGAGAGAAACCCUCUGAAUGUGACGAAUGCAGGAAGACUAU